CGAAGUUUGCAUGUGACAAUUUCAUUCGUAAUAGUCGCUCUCUUUCUUGUUUACGGACGUAUUGCACGAAAUUUGCAGAAAAUGUCUGGUUUUGAUGAUCAGCAAAUAUUCUAUUCAGAUAAUUUUGGUUCUGAGGAACAGCAAGCUGAUGGAAAAAUCAAUAAAUUGGGAGUGCAACGAAGGUUUAAAGACUUUAUACGAAAAUACCAUGAUGCUAAUUUCCUGUACAAAUACAGGGAUGAGCUGAAAAGAAAUUAUAACCUGAGACAGUAUUGGCUUGAGAUAAACAUUGAUGACUUGAGAAGCUAUGAUGAAGACCUAGCUGAAAAAUUGAUGAAACAACCAACUGAAUAUCUGCCGUUGCUAGAAGCAGGUGCAAAGGAGAUUGCAGAUGAGGUGACCCAUCCACGCCCAGAAGGGGAAGAGGCAGUCGAAGAUAUCCAAGUGAUGUUGUCAUCAGAUGCAAACCCAAGCCCAAUACGUCACUUAAAGUCUGAUGAAGUGUCAAAGUUGGUGAAGAUCCCAGGCAUCAUCAUCGCUGCAUCAGCUAUACGAGCCAAGGCAACCAAGAUCACAAUCCAGUGUCGUAGCUGUAGAAACUACAUGCCGAACCUUCCCGUCAAGCCAGGCUUAGAAGGCUACACCUUACCAAGACGCUGCAACACUGACCAGGCUGGACAGCCAGGUUGUCCAGUUGAUCCUUUCUUUAUCGUUCCUGACAAGUGCAACUGUGUGGACUUCCAGAUCCUGAAACUUCAGGAAUCACCGGAAGAUGUUCCUAACGGAGAGCUUCCUCGUCACAUGCAGGUUUAUUGUGACAGGUAUCUGUGCGAGAAAGUUGUUCCAGGAAAUCGAGUGACAAUUCUAGGAAUUUACUCCAUCAAGAAGUCUAACCCUGUGUCAAAGAGAGGCAGUCGGAACAAGGUUUCCGUUGGAAUACGGAGCCCCUAUAUUCGUGUUGUUGGCGUGAAAGUAGACACGGAUGGUGCAGGAAGGAGCUCCAGUGUUGCCAUUACACCUCAGGAAGAGGAAGAAUUCCGCCGGCUUGCAUCAAAUCCAGAGGUGUACGACGUAAUUGCAAAGAGUAUAGCACCCUCAAUUUAUGGAAGCGUUGAUGUGAAGAGGGCUAUAGCAUGUCUGCUGUUCGGUGGAUCCCGUAAACGCAUGCCCGAUGGGCUCACCAGACGUGGUGAUGUCAACCUGCUGUUGCUUGGGGACCCUGGAACUGCCAAGAGUCAACUGCUUAAGUUUGUGGAGAAAGUGUCACCUAUUGGGAUUUACACUUCUGGAAAAGGAAGUAGCGCUGCCGGUUUGACGGCAUCCGUCAUUAGAGAUCCAAAUACGCGAAACUUUGUAAUGGAAGGCGGUGCAAUGGUAUUGGCUGACGGUGGUGUCGUCUGCAUUGAUGAAUUCGACAAAAUGCGUCAAGAUGAUCGCGUAGCAAUACACGAAGCUAUGGAACAGCAGACUAUCUCAAUAGCAAAGGCCGGCAUAACGACAACACUGAACUCUAGAACAUCAGUCUUGGCUGCUGCAAAUUCAGUGUUUGGUCGUUGGGAUGACACAAAAGGAGAUGAGAACAUUGAUUUCAUGCCGACCAUCCUGUCUCGAUUUGAUAUGAUCUUUAUCAUUAAGGAUGAGCACGAUCAACAGAGGGACACACGUCUUGCAAAGCAUGUGAUGAAUUUACAUAUGAACGCCCUGCAGAUGAGCGAACAAGAUCAAGGAGCAGAACUCAGUUUAAAUUUCCUCAAGAAGUUCAUUCAAUAUUUUUUUCACAUUCUUCCUACAAAUUUAGGAGCUGAAGGUUUCACAACACAAGAGGACAGGGAGGAAUUGAACCGAAUUGAAAAACAAUUAAAAAGGCGGUUUGCAAUUGGUUCUCAGGUCUCCGAGCACUGUAUUAUCCAAGAUUUCUUGCGACAGAAAUAUCCUGAACGCUCGAUUUACAAAGUGAUCCAUUUGAUGAUGAGACGAGGCGAGAUUCAGUAUCGUAUGCAACGUAAGAUGCUGUACAGAAUAAAGUAAACAAGAUUGGAUACGACGGCAGUUAACUUAACACCAUUCAAAAACAAUCCUUUUGUCUUAUUGAUGAUUUAUUUAUUAUGCUCUGAAAUGUUGGUUUCGACAAUUUGAUAUUCAAGAGAUAGUAAAAAUGUAACUGUUUAUGAAUCCUGAUUGUAACCACUUAAUACUGUAUAUAAAAGUUACUUGGCAACAGAUUCCAAAUUUACAUACAAUUUGAAAACACAAGGUGCCUUCAAAUAUAAAUUUGAAAUUAAAUUCAAAUGUAAAUACUGUAUUAGUUAAUUAAUAAAACACAUGUUUAGGUAAA